CAUGGCUUUCCUCCUCUGCGUUUCCACCUCCUCGCCGGCCUUCAACAACAAGAAGACUCUUCCUACACUGAGCUCAAAGCGCAUUUGUACGCAAGGGUGUUAUCAACAUAAAUGUUUGAGUCUCAAGGCAAUGCAAGAAGAAAUGACAUUCACCAUGGUAAACGAGUCCGCUAAGCAAAGGAUCCCACAUGUUUUAACUGUAGCUGGCUCUGAUUCUGGAGCUGGUGCAGGAAUUCAAGCUGACCUUAAGGCUUGUGCUGCACGGGGAGUGUACUGUUCAACCGUGAUUACUGCUGUUACUGCACAAAAUACUAUUGGGGUUCAGGAUGUGAGCAUCCUGCCAGAGGAUUCUGUUGCUGAGCAGUUGAAAUCCGUUCUAUCAGAUAUGCAUGUUGAUGUUGUGAAAACUGGCAUGCUUCCCUCAACCGCCAUUGUCAAAAUCCUUCAUGAAAGCCUGAAACAAUUCCCAGUUCGAGCUUUAGUUGUUGAUCCUGUAAUGGUGUCUACUAGUGGAGUUGUGCUGGCUGGUCCUUCAGUUCUUGAUACAUUUAGGUGGGACCUUCUUCCUAUGGCUGACAUUGUGACUCCGAACUUAAAAGAGGCUUCUACUUUACUUGGAUGGUCGCAAUUGGAAACGAUUACGGACAUGUGCUCUGCUGCGAAGUCUAUACAUAAUAUGGGACCACGAAAUGUGCUUGUGAAGGGUGGUCACCUACCUUCUUCAUCAGAUGCUGUUGAUAUUUUCUUCGAUGGCGAAGAUAUCUAUGAGCUGCGUUCUUCACGUAUACAAACUCCAAAUACUCAUGGAACUGGUUGUACCUUGGCAUCAUGUAUAGCAGCUGAACUAGCAAAGGGUUUUUCAAUGCUAUCGGCAGUUAAGGUAGCAAAACGCUAUGUUGAGUCUGUUCUCAAGUUCAGCAAAGACAUUACUAUUGGAGAUGGACCUCAAGGUCCUUUAGAUCACCUAUUUAAGCUAAAGAGAAAUGUCUACCAUUCAAGGAAGCUGCGACCACUUGAUCAUGAUGAUCUCUUCCUAUAUGCUGUCACAGAUUCAGGGAUGAAUAGAAAAUGGGGCCAUACAAUCACAGAUUCCGUUAGAGCCGCUAUAGAAGGAGGUGCCACCAUUGUGCAGCUGAGGGAAAAAGACGCAGAGACAGGAAGCUUCCUCGAGGCAGCCAAAGAAUGUCUCGUGAUUUGCCGUCACCAUAACGUCCCACUUCUUAUAAAUGACAGAAUUGACAUAGCCAUUGCAUGUGAUGCGGAUGGAGUCCAUGUGGGCCAAUCUGACAUGCCUGUCCAGACCGCCCGAUCUCUUCUUGGACCCGAAAAGAUCAUCGGUGUAUCAUGCAAGACACCAGAACAAGCUCUGAAAGCAUGGACCGAUGGAGCCGACUACAUAGGGUCAGGUGGUGUGUUCCCAACCAAUACAAAAGCAAACAAUCGAACCAUAGGUUUGGACGGCCUGAAAACCGUAUGCUCGGCUUCCAAGUUACCCGUGGUCGCCAUUGGUGGAAUCAAUCUUUCGAACGCAAGAUCCGUUAUGGAAUUAGAUGUCCCUAAUCUGAAAGGCGUUGCAGUUGUUUCUGCCCUUUUUGAUCGGGAAUGUGUUCGGACCGAGACCGAGAAGCUGCAUGCUCUGUUGGCUGAAACUGUUGCGCAGACAAAAAAUAAGAAAACACAAGAUGAAGUUCCCUUCACAGGUGAAGAGAAGUGUCACGGGUUCGAGUCACAAACACAACUUUUGUGCGAAAUUGAGGAGAUGUGAUGCGUGUCACUUGCAAGGUUUUGUCGUACAUGGUCUUUGAUCUUAUUAUGUCCGGAGGAAUGGUGGGCUGGUUUCUUGCAGUCACAAUUUACCGGCAUUAGUCUAGGUAUAACCUGUGACAUCCUUCCAAAAAAAACGUGUUACGUUGUAUUUAAGCUUCUAUUCGUAACGCCAAUUUGACGUUUUUGUUACAUGGGUGUGAUU